AUGUUCUCCCGCUACGUUUCCACAGCCCUAGUGUUCGCCAGCGGUACGACCGCUCUGUUCGGCCGCCGUGGAGGAGAUGUCUGCUCUCAAUCUCCCUACGCUGCCAUGCAGGCGUACGUUAGCUAUGCUCCUGCCCAGUCCGCUUGCUGGGCUAGCUACCCUGGCACAACUUCGACCGUCACAGUAACCGGAGGCCACUCCACCAUGUGGGUGACGGAGACAUACCACCAGAGCAUGACCAUUCCAGGUUACGUCUCUCCCUCAGCAACAUACGGAGCUUCCACGACCGACUCGGCAACUGCUCCCGGUGUCUACCCAACAGCAACCUACAGUGCAUCCAGCUCUUCCUCCGAUGUACCAGCCACCCCCACAGUCGACCCACAGCCAACCUUUACAUUCACGCCAUCACCUACAAUCACCCCUACUCCAACCCAGAACGGCGUAGCAUCCCGCAACAAGCGCCGUGCAGUCAUGUCAGACUCCUACGCCCAGUUGAUGGAAUCCUACAGCGCUAUUGGUGAUGUCUGCAUGUCCACUGCUUGCUCAUGCAUUCAGAGCCCCAAGACAACUACUGUCACCUCUGGAUCCAUCACCGCCUACACGAGCACAAUCACAACGACUCUUACUGCUACUUACUCCGCUUGA